AAUAGGCGCCGGUGCCCGGCGGGGGAGGUGGCCGGCAGGGACCGGGGAAAAGUGUGCGGAGGCGUGCGCGGCGCACCGUGGGGUUGGGACCGGGCGGAGCUGCGGGCCGCGGUGAGGCCGGAAAUGUCAGGGCUUCCCCACUCCACGCUCGGCGCCUCGGGCUCCGCGCCCGGCCAGCCUGAGGUGGGGUCGAUGCCCCCGGAGGCGCGGCGCUGGGGAGGCUAUGGCGCCGGCCGCGUCCAGGCUGCGGGCUGAAGCCGGGCUCGGGGCGCUCCCGCGGCGGGCGCUCGCCCAGUACCUGCUUUUCCUGCGGCUCUACCCGGUGCUCACCAAGGCGGCCACCAGUGGCAUUUUGUCAGCACUUGGGAACUUCCUGGCCCAGAUGAUUGAGAAGAAGCGGAAAAAAGAAAACUCUGGAAGUCUAGAUGUCGGUGGGCCUCUGAGAUACGCUGUUUACGGGUUCUUCUUCACAGGGCCGCUGAGUCACUUCUUCUACCUCUUCAUGGAACACUGGAUCCCUCCGGAGGUCCCCCUGGCAGGGCUCAGGAGGCUCCUCCUGGACCGCCUCGUCUUUGCACCGGCCUUCCUCAUGUUGUUCUUCCUCAUCAUGAACUUUCUGGAGGGGAAAGACGCCUCAGCCUUCGCUACCAAGAUGAGGGGGGGCUUCUGGCCGGCGCUAAGGAUGAACUGGAGGGUGUGGACGCCAGUACAGUUCAUCAACAUCAACUACAUCCCUCUGAAGGGGCCUAGCACAGCAUUUGAUACAAACAGAGGCUCAGUAAAUGCAGUCGCGGAUGGGUAUUUGGACCAGCCGACAACCCGUUCAAACAGUUCCGGGUGCUCUUCGCCAACCUGGCAGCUCUGUUCUGGUAUGCCUACCUGGCUUCCCUGGGGAAGUGACAACCACUGGAAGAACAUCAGAUGCACUGUGGACAUGGGUCUGGGGGUCUCACCCGCCCAGCGAGAGCAGAACCAACCCAGUCAGGAUGUCACUGCCUCUAAAUCAGGUCCUUCAUCACGUCUGCAAAGUCCCUUUUGCCAUGUAAGGAAGCAGAUCCACGGAUUCCAGCGGUUAGCACACAGUGGGCGCAUCAUUUAGCGCACCACGCCAGGCCCUGGUGUCUCGAGGAGGAUUCUCCCAAAGGUCUAACAUAACUUGUAGAAAAAGCAGCGGACAAAACGAUACAGUUGCUCACUCGACUGUUACACAGCGUGCAGCAACCUCCACUCGGGCUUCAGGCCAGCCAGCAGCCGUGUGGGAAGAAUGUUCUGGGCCUGUUGCCUUGGCCGUUCCUGCAGCCAGCCUGCGUGGGCAUCUUGAGAGCAGCCUCUCCUCAUUUAUGUUUCCCUAGCACCCACGCAGUAUCUAAAGCAGUGGGCAGGAGUGAGGAAGGCAGCAUCGUCUGCGGUGAGAAACCAACGGGCUCAGAGCGGCUGAGGGCCCAGCGUGUGUUCGGCAUGGCUCUCCCAGGCAGCACUGAGCCUUCCCUUGUACACACGUGUCCUUGCAGGAACCAAAGCAGUCACCUCCCUCAGUAAGGAGUGCUCUUUGAAGGCAAGACCCUUACUGUGCAUGUCCAAAGUAUGGCUUCCUAUAGGCACUCAGGUGUGAAUCGAAUUGAAUUGAAGCUGGUUGAGGAUUAGGGCAGAAUUUAUAUAUGAAAGCCAAGUUUGUAAAAUUUUAAUUGUUUAAAUCACAAUUAUUUAAAACUGUUUCC